AUUUGGACGAAAAAAAAAGAGAGGGGGAGUAUUUCAAAAUUAACCAAAUUUAGGUUCGGAAACCCGAUCCCGAGGCUCGGACAUUCCUCGUUCACUUCACCGUUUCGAAAAAACAUAAAUAUCAAUUUCUUACUAUAUCACUCACACACAAUUUCUCACCAAUACACUUCCAAUAUCUACUUUACAGUUUGAAUCGGAGCUCCGAAUCACAAAAAUGGCCGAACACGUUGACAAUUCGGAUCCUAAAGGAGAAUCGCUGAUGGAGAAGAUCGCCGACAAGGUUCACGGCGACGAUUCGUCGUCGUCGGAUUCCGAUACUGAGAAGAGGAAGCCGGAAGUAAAACCGGAGGUUGAGCCGGUCGGUUCGGAACCGGAGACGUUGAAGAACAAAGUUUGGAGGUUAUUCGGAAGAGAAAAACCGGUUCAUAAGGUUUUAGGUGGAGGCAAACCUGCUGAUGUAUUCUUGUGGAGGAACAAAAAGAUAUCUGCUACUGUACUUGGUGGAGCAACUGCUAUCUGGGUUCUUUUCGAAGUGCUCGAGUACCACCUGCUCACUUUAAUCUGCCACAUUUUGAUCAUCACUCUUGCAGUCUUAUUCUUGUGGUCAAAUGCAACGACCUUCAUUAACAAAAAAUCUCCUCAUAUUCCAGAAGUCCACCUUCCAGAGGGUCCCAUUCUUGAGGUGGCUUCUGCCUUGAGGAUUGAAAUUGAUCGUGCUCUUGCUCUACUGCGAGAAAUUGCGUCAGGGAGAGAACUGAAGAAAUUUCUUGCUGUCAUUGCUGGUUUGUGGAUCCUCUCAAUUGUUGGUAGCUGGUGCGACUUCUUGACACUGUUCUACAUAUCAUUUGUGCUCCUCCACACAGUCCCUGUUCUCUAUGAGAAAUAUGAAGAUAAAGUAGAUCCACUAGCCGAGAAAGCAAUGCAUGAGAUCAAGAAGCAAUAUGCUGUGUUUGAUGCAAAGGUUUUAAGUAAAAUUCCAAGAGGACCAUUAAAGGAUAAGAAGAGAGAAUAGACGUGGUGGAGCAGCAUUGUUUAUGCUAGAGAGACUUGGAUAGCUGCUACCUUUUCAGAAUGUACUUCUCUUGUAUUUACAAUGGGGCUGAGUGUAAUAGUUACUUAUGUUUGGGGCUCUAUUAACAGGGGAUAAAUCUAGAGACGAUCAUUUGGGAGGAUUUAGUCUGUUAGGUCUGUACGAGUGUGUAUUUUGUGCUGUACUUCCGUAACAUGUUGGUACGAGUUCUGCCGAAUUUACGUUGUGUUCUCGUGCACCUGUUCGUUA